AUGAGCAAUUUGUCUGGUUCUUCUUUGUCUCCCUUCUGGAAUACUGGAGCUAAAGAACUGACAGGACGUAAACGUUUGGUGAGCAAAUCAUCAAAAAUGGCAUUAAGGAAGUCUAUUUUCAGUGGUAAUUCUAGGACCGAAUGUUGUUAUGGAGAAUGUACACAUUCUGGUGGGAUCGAUGCUAAAUGCAAGGUGGUUCAGUUACGGAAUCUUAAGUGUCAUGGGACACUUAUAAAACAUAAAACCCCCGUUCCGCCUGUUAUUGUUUUUAAUAGCUUCAAUUUAGAAUACAACCCUCUGGUUGAUGUCCAUGAAUCAGCUAGUUUACGUAUUCAGCUAGUGCUUCCACAAGAUACGUGCUAUUUACCUGGAAUCUUUACACAGGAGGAAUCGAUGGCGGCAACUACGUCAUCCACCCGGUCAUCUGUGGAUGAAGAGACCUUACUGCAAUCCAAGUCCGUAUUUGGUGGGACCCUCUUUAUCACAGUUAAGGGACAGUCUGGUGUGCUGUUUCAGGAUUUGAAAGUACAAUUAAGUGGAUAUUCUUCAGAAUAUGUUUGUUUGACCCAAUUUGGUGAGAAGGCUGUGCGUCUGCUAAAAGAUCUUAGUGCUGAGCACUGUAGUCACUUGAAACCUAUGAUUAGAGACACAAUUUAUCUCGAAAACAAGCUAAUGUUAUUAUCCCCAGGCAAUUAUAGCUAUCCAUUCAAUUUUGUUUUAGAUCCUCUUAACUUUCAUGCUUCCAUUGGUACACACUUGGGUUCAACCCAAUAUAGAAUGGAGUUUUUUUGUACUGUGAUGAGACAAAAGGCACAAUACGAAACAAUAUUCCUUUCCAAACCGUUUAAUGUUAAGAAGACAUUACCACCUGGUAAUUUACUAAAGUACGAUUGUGUGGAAAGUAGAGGAACUUGGCGGGACGGGCUCCUUGAUUAUGAAAUAUACUUGUCGACCAAAUUAAUUGAGUUUGAUCAGCCGUUUCAAUUCCACCUAAGUUUGCUGAGGGGAGAUGAAAAUAGGGUGGAAAUUAAUAAUAUAGAAAUUAUAUUGGAACAAAAUCUACUAAUUCCUUGUAUCAAACGAAAAGACUUGAACCAAACGCUAUCUAAGUCAAAGUCCUACAUGGCGACUAAUAUGUUUCUCUUGGACAAAAGAGUCGUAAACGGGAAGUAUGGAGCACAACACUUUUUCCAAUUCCCUGAUUUAGUCGUCUCAUCGAACAAGCGAAGCAUAGUUCUGAGUAAGUCCCUCUAUCCUUAUUAUUGUGAAAUGAGCGACACUUUUGGUUCGGAACGUUGCAAAUUAAAAAUUACACAUAUUUUAAAAGCACAAGUCAAUCUAAGACUUCUAGAACCUAAAUCGAGAAUGACAAAUAUGCUUAUAUGCUUGAAAUUGCCGGUAUUAUUGGUCGAUCAAGAUAUGAGCAGUAGCUUACACCUUCCGCCAUACCAAGAAUUCAGUACUGCAAUCAUGAACAAAGAUAUAUACAACCGGCUGUACUCUACGACCUACAACAGCACCGACGACGGAACAAGAUUUGACAGCAGCUACCCCCCUUCAUAUGACACUAUAUUCGAUACUAUAGGAUCAACAUCCAGUCCUAGUAGCUAG